AUGUCCAACAAUGCCACAAACGCCACGGUAACCGGGGCUAACGCAUCCGCCCCCGGUACAGCGGUCCCCCAUACUACUGCCGAUGAGACCACCGAUGUCCUUACGGCUGAUGUGAUCACGGACGAUGACUCGUCAGAGAGCAGAUCGAGUCUGGCUUCCUCAACUGCGAGUGUAACUAGUUCAGUUCUCGAUUACCGCAUAGAGAAUGGACGGACGUACCACAAGUACAAGGACGGGAAGUACUGGGCACCAAAUGAUGAGAGAGAAAAUGACAGACUUGGUAUGGCCCCUGUUGCCGGCUGCGGCUAUAAAGAGUUGGUGCACAAUCUUUACCUCAGGACUUUCGACGAUCGUCUCGGGACUGCACCACCCAACGACCCGGAUUCCAAGGUCGGACGGGUCCUUGACGUCGGUACAGGUUCCGGUAUCUGGGCCAUUGAUUUCGGGGAUGAGCAUCCUGAGGCUGAUCCUUUCGACUACAUCCACAGCCGGAUGAUGAAGGGCAGCAUUAGGGACUGGCAGACUUAUCUCAAGCGAUGCUUUGAUAACCUCAGUCCUGGCGGGUAUCUUGAGCUCAAUGACGUCGAUGGCUUCCCCACGUCAGACGACGGUACUCUCACAGAGGACUGCAACCUCAUGAAGGCUUUCCGUUUAUGCUUUGAGGCGCUAGCAGCCCUUGGGUCUCCUUUCGAGGAGUUCAGCCAGUUCGAGGGCAUCAUGUCUGAGAUCGGGUUUGAAGACGUCCAUGUUCGGCGGUUUAAAUGGCCGACGAACAGCUGGCCAAAGGACCAAAGACAUAAGGAGCUUGGCACCUGGAACCACGAGAACCUGGCGCCCAAUUUGGAUGGGCUUCUUAUGGCCCCGUUAACGAGGGGCUUGGACUGGACGAGAGAGGAGGUAUCCCUGCUUGCAAUGGAAGCUCGUAAGGACCUCGCGGAUAGGAACAUCCAUGCUUAUUUCAACAUGUGA